AUGUAAGCGGGGCCGGAGCAGCCGCCAUGCCGCGCCCGGCGCCCCGCCGCAGCCCGCGCGGCGCAGCGCCAUGAGCCGGGCGGCGCGGGGCUGGGACAUGGAGGCGCUGCGAGCGGACGGCGGCGGCGGCGGCGGCGGGGGCGCGGCGGCGUCGGGCCAGUGCCGCAACCUGCUGCCGCCCGCCGUGCUCGGGGCGGCGCCGUCGGGCCGGGCGGCGGCCGCGCCGGGGCUGGCCGGGUACGCGGGGGGCGGCGAGCGGCCGGGCGCGGCGGCCCGACCCGAGCCCGCCGCCAAGGAGGGCCCCGGCCCCGGCCCCGGCCCCGGCGCGGGCUCGGCGGCGCCGGCGCUGGGCUACGGCUACCACUUCGGCAACGGCUACUACAGCUGCAGGAUGGCCCACGGGGUGGGCAUCCAGCAGGGCGCGCUCAAGGCGGCGCCGCACGCCUCGCUGGGCGGCUUCCCCGUGGAGAAGUACAUGGACGUCUCCAGCCUGGCCGGCACCAGCGUCCCCGCCAACGAGGUCUCCUCGCGGGCCAAGGAGGUGUCCUUUUACCAGGGCUACCCCAGCCCCUACCAGCACGUGCCCGGGUACAUAGACAUGGUCUCCACGUUCGGCUCGGGGGAACCGAGGCACGAGACAUACAUAUCCAUGGAGGGCUAUCAGUCCUGGACUCUGGCUAAUGGCUGGAAUAGUCAGGUUUACUGUGCCAAAGAUCAGACCCAGAGCUCCCACUUUUGGAAAUCCUCCUUUCCAGGGGACGUUGCACUAAACCAGCCAGAUAUGUGCGUCUACCGCCGCGGGAGGAAGAAGCGAGUGCCUUACACAAAACUGCAGCUCAAAGAACUCGAGAACGAAUAUGCCAUUAACAAGUUCAUUAACAAGGACAAGAGGCGCAGAAUAUCCGCCGCCACGAACCUGUCUGAGCGACAAGUGACCAUUUGGUUUCAGAACCGAAGGGUGAAGGAUAAGAAAAUAGUCUCCAAGCUGAAAGACAACGUCUCUUGAUCCACUGGUUGCGGACAGUGAUGGAAAUAUAAAUACAAUUUUCAACCAGCUAAAGACUUUUGGAAAGACUUGAAAAUAUAUUUAAUUUCCUCCCCCCCCCCCCCGACUCCCCCUCUUCCAGCUGUGGCGAAAUGUUGUGAAUUCCCUUACAUUUGGGUCAGCGUUUUCCCCUGUUUUUUGGAGAAGGCUGCCAGAGUUUGACUUUGCAGUUCUGUUUCUUCCUUUUUUAAUUUGAAUAAGUCCUAUUCCUUCCUCUAGGCCAGUAUAAACAAUUUUAAAUACCUUGAGCAGUUACAAUUAUACCUUUCUUGAAUACUUUUUUUUUUUUUUUUUAAUUCUGUAAAACGAUCUCCGAAAAAAAAGCCGAUGCCAAAGCUGUCAGGUUGUGAUUUGGUAUCGUCAACUUCAGAACCCGGCAGAAUUCACCUAAGAGCAAUAAUGCGAUCUAAAGAAGUGGGAUUAUGGAAUCAUUACAGCUCGGUUCUCCUCCCAAAAUGCAGCGAGCCCAUCAGGGCACAGAGUGAAUCUUGUUUAAUGUGAAGGACUCAAGAGGGAUUCGCACGUAGCUAGCUGUUUUCAGUUACUUUGCAGGGAGAAAAUAUAUUUUGGGGCCUUAUUGGAACUAGGCUGUUGACGUGGCUGCGUUCCGCAUUUUUCUGGCAUUUUAUCCUGUCGUUUCAUUUGCAGUUUGAUUAUUUCAUAUUCCCUCUGUACAGACUAGUAUCAUGCUUCUUUGUAGGUGCACUUAUUCCAAUGCACCACUCAAAGUUAUUCCAAACGAUUCCCUGCAUGUGCGGUAAUAAUGCGUUGCUGUGGGUUAAUACAGAUGAUCCGAGGCUGAGAAGCUGAUAGUUAGAUAGCUGCACCUAGUGAUUAGCAGCAUACUAGGAAAGAAAAAAAACCACGAUGAAAUGGAGUCCAAAUGUUUAAUCAAAUUGCAUAUAUUGGACAUGCUGUAUAGACACGUGUAUAAACCUAUGCCUAAUUUUGUAUGAAAUAUAUUGGAUGCCUUGUUCUCGUGUCUGAGCAAAGGCACGACUCUUCACUUCAGCCUGUCGUGGCGUUUGAAAACUUCUGGUUACAGAAGGGAAGCUUACUGAUAAUAACUUUACCUUACGAAAAUAAACGGGUGUUAAUGACAGAAGCAAUAACUGAUGCAUGGCAAAGGAUGCCGUAAUUUAUGUAGGCCGGAGAGGCUGCUUUUUUAUUAAAAAAAAACGAACAAAACUCAAA